AUCGGAGGGGUCUGGGGGGUCCCGGCGACCCCGCUGACCCCCCCCCGGCCCAGGUCCCCUCAUGGCGCCGACCGUGGCCGUGGUGGGGGGCGGCAUCAGCGGCCUGGCCGCCUGUUACCACCUCGUCCGAGCCCCCCGCCCGCCCAAGGUGGUGCUGCUGGAGGCCAGCGGCCGUUUUGGGGGGUGGCUGCAGAGCACCCAGACCCCCGAGGGGGCCGUGUUUGAACACGGGCCCAGGGGGGUCCGUCCCCACGGCGCGGUGGGCGCCGAGACCCUGCACAUGGUGUCGGAGCUGGGGCUGGGGAGGGACGUGCUGCCCGUGCCCGGGGACCACCCGGCCUCCCGGAACCGCUUCCUGUUCUGCGGGGGGGCCCUGCACCGCCUGCCCUCGGGGCUGGGGGGUCUCGUGCGGGCCGUGCCCCCCUUCUCGCGGGCGCUGCUCUGGGCGGGGCUGCGGGACCUGCUGACCCCGGCGGGCACAGACCCCGACGAGAGCGCCCACGGCUUCGCCCGGCGCCGCUUCGGCCCCGAGGGGACAGGGACACCCCCCUAG